AGAUUAACGCUGGGGGAGCUCGAGUGCAGGUGCAGAGCCGGCGAGAGGGAGAAAGAGAGAGAGAGAAAGAGACCGGAGGGGAAGCGGCAGGAUGCGAUCGGCAGGGAGCGGCGGCGGCGGCAGGCACUCGCCUUUGGUGGCCGCGGCUGGGAUUUUACUGCUGUGCGUUGCUGGCAGAGCCAGAGCUCAGGAGGUCCAAGCUGAGAAUGUGACCGUGGCAGAGGGUGGCCAGGCCGAGAUCAACUGCAAGCUGCACCAGUACGAUGGCUCCAUAGUGGUGAUCCAAAACCCAUCCCGCCAGACGCUCUUCUUCAACGGCACACGGGCCCUGAAGGAUGAGCGGUUCCAGCUGGUGGAGUUCACCCAGAAGCAAGUCCGCAUUGUGCUCUCCAAUGCCCGCCUGGAAGAUGAGGGCGGCUACUUCUGCCAGCUCUACACAGAAGACACGCACCACCAGAUCGCCAUCCUCACUGUCCUGGUGCCCCCUGACAACCCCUUGGUGGAGAUCAAGGAACAGGCCGUGGAAGGAGGAGAAGUGGAGCUCACCUGCAGCGUCCCCAGGUCACGCCCUGCUGCCACGCUGCGCUGGUACCGGGACCGGGACCGGAAAGAGCUGAAAGGAAUAGGCAGCAAGCAGGAGAACGGGAAAGUGUUCAGCAUCACCAACGUGGUGCGCUUCCGGGUGGAGCGCAGGGACCACGGCAGCGUCGUGACGUGCGAGGCCACCCAUCCCACGCUGCGGGGGCAGCGGAAGGAGACGCAGUACGUGCUAGAUGUACAGUUCGCUCCCACAGCCAGGAUCCAUCCGUCUCAGGGGGUGAUGCGGGAAGGAGACACUUUAGUUCUGACUUGUGACAUCAAAGGCAACCCGCGCCCCACGGACAUCAAGUGGAGCCGAGCCAACGACUCGUUGCCGGAGCGGGCCUUGACGGAGGGAGAGGUGCUGACCAUCCCCAGCCUCAGCAUGCUGGAUAACGGAACCUACCUGUGCCAGGUGGCCAACAAACAUGGCCGCUCGUCGGACCAGUAUGUGCUGGUGGUUUACGACCCCGGGGCCAUUGUGGAGGCCCAGACUUCAGUGCCCUAUGCCAUUGUCGGGGGCAUCCUGGCGCUCCUGGUCUUUCUCGUCAUCUGUGUGCUUAUAGUCAUGGUGUGGUGCUCCAUCCGGCAGAAAGGCUCCUACCUGACGCACGAGGCAAGCGGCCUGGACGAGCACGGAGAAGCCCGCGAGGCCUUUCUGAAUGGCGGCGACGGCCACAAACGCAAGGAGGAAUUCUUCAUCUGAGUCUGGGAGAGGGGAGGGGGAAGGGGAGGGGUCUGGGGGCUGAGCGCUAGGGGCAGAAUGGCCGAGGAGGGGGAGCGCCGAAGGCAGGGGGGAGAGACGUUUAUAGAAAAGCUGCCACUCUUGCUGGGGGAGGGGAGGGAGAGGGAAAGAAGGGUUGGAUUAAAAAGAGAAAAAAAUGCUUAAAAAAAAUAUCCAUUGUGUAAAAAAAAGGGGGGGACACACACAUGGCCACCACUUGUUCGGUUUUAUUUUUGAAACCGAGGACUUUAGCCCCACCCCCAGCUAUGAAGCUCCGCCUCCUGCCAUUGUCUGACUCCUCCCCCCUCCAUGCCCUCUGCACCAGAGCUAUUUCCUUUUACUUCUGGGGAGGAUGUUUGCGUGUGUGUAUGUGUGAGAGAGAGUGCGUGUGUGUGUGCAUGGCCCCACUUCCAUAAAAAAGAGCAGGAGGCUGGGAUAGCCACAACCCUUUUCUCUUUGGGGACAGGCAGAGCCCUGUGGGAGGGCUUGGGUCUCUUUGUAAAUAGCGUAGAAGCCACCCAGCGAGGGAGGUGGAGAGGACACCCAGAGAUCCAGGGCUGCUGAGACUGCGAGGGUGGGUCACGGUGUCAAAGGGCCCUUCCCCUUGGAGGGACUGUGGCCCGUUAGCUCUGGGUUUGCUUGUUUGCUUUUCUUUCCGAUAUUAGCACUGAGUUUCAAAAUAUCUGGGGAGGGACAUAUUUUGCUCUGGAGCGCCAGGAUCUUCCCAGCAGCCCUGGAGGAGACUCUCGAGUUCAGGGAAGGCGACCAGGGGGGAGAGAGCCAUUCUGUGAGUUGGGACCCCCCUCGGGUGUGCUUUGCCCCCAGCCGCUGAGGAGGGGAGCCGCCGGGUCGGAGUGUUUGGCGUGCAGCAUGACAGGAGCGUGAGGCUGGGAGUCGCCGGGUCGCCUUGAGUUCUCUUCAGGGCGCCUGGCCCCAUAUCUCUCCCAGCCGCACCUUUCCCCCCACUGCUAAGCCCAGGGCCGCUCAAGCCGUGUGGGGCCUUAUCAAGCAGGUUGGACUCUUUUUAUUUUUUCUUCCUUCAAAGCCAUGAUAGUUUGGGGAGGGAGAGGGAGGGUGGGAAGAGGAAAGGGGGUGUCUCUGUCUGUCUCUGUCGUCCUUGUUAUGUGAUGUGCCCAGCUGGGGACAGGCGAUGGGACUACGGAGCCCCAUCGGCGCAUUGACCCCCCACAGCCCACACUUUGUCCUUGACAGCCAAGCGUUGCCCCCUGGCCCACAGCCCAGCUUCUGCAGAGAGUGGAGGACAUGGGAAAAGAAUUUGCAUCCGUCUGAAUUUGUCAACAUAUGCAGAUUUGACUGUGGCCAGUUUCAGCUCCUCCUCCUCCUCGCCUUUGGGCCUGGUGGCCACGAUGUUACGCCAUCCCAUCCCCAGACCCCGAGAGAGAAACUGCUGUGUCGCUCGCAACACCCCCUUGCCCCUUCCUCCCUCCCUCUCUGCUCGGCCUCCCUCCCCGGAAGCAGCUGGGAUCGGCGAAGAAGAGCAGGACGAGAGGCUCAGCAAUAGGCACCCCUCCCUCAGCACCUGUCUGGAUGUUGCUUUCAUGGGUUCAACCUCCCCCAAACACAGCUGCGGUAAAGGGUCAUUAAAAAAAGCGAACCCCUGUUACAAACGGCUGCUCUGCCCCAGAGGUGGCUGCAGUGCACUGCUGCAGGGUGCAAUGCUGGUGACUGCCAAUGGGAGGAAUCCCCUGUGGAAAUGGCUGCUCCAGAGGCAGCUGCCGCCUCACCCCAUGGUCCAGCCCCAUGACUGAGCGUUGAACCACAAAAGGGGGGUGCUGAACCCCGUCUCUUCCCCGCUCCCUUCUCCCCCGCCCCACACUCCACUCCUGGUCUUCUUGGUUCCUUCCAUCCUUGCCGACGUCCCUCAUUUUGUGCCAGUAGAUGCCCACUCCUCGCUUUCCCUCGAAUUUCCAUCCCACCCCCUUUCCCUCUGUCUUUUGUCUGGGGAACAAAACAGAAGAAAAGAAACCGACGUGUGAUUCUGUGUCCGUCUCUGGCUCGCGGUUUUUAUUUUAUAUUGUUUGUGUCUCGGAAGGGGAGAUUAAAAAAAAAAUGAAAAGAAUGGAAAAUAUAAUAAUUAAUAUAUAACUGGGGGUCGGGAGUAUGCAGGGGGGCUUGUUCCUCUGCAGCCCAAGACUGUUUCCCCCACGCCCGAAAGUUAAUAUAUAUGUAAAUAUCUAUGUCUGCCUUUUAACCACCUUUGAUACUUCAAUAAAUCCCCCUGAUUAAUUCUUUUAACACCA